AAACUGUACCGAACGAAACGACAAUGAGGCUGCUGUCCAUUUUUACACUCUUCUGUGUCCUGGCCGCCGGGUACACUCAAAGCCAUGAUCUUGUACUCGGUCAGGCGACAUACGGUGACGUCAUAAUCUAUAAAGUCAACGAAUCCAAGUACGGGUUCCCGUUCUUCGUGAGGACGAGUAUACUGGAGUAUCCUGAACCAGGACAAACAAACUUCGCGUAUAUUAAGGCUAUAUUUAUAAAGGAUAAUGAUAAAGAUGGUACUGGUGGAUGGCCAACUGUGUCCGCAGGUGGUAUUGGUCAGAGAUUUGUGAAGAUCAAAUUGAAGAGCCAAAGAGGUUAUGGUUUAAAUUUCACUGUUACUAUUUACGGAAGAUACUAGUCUAAAAUGUGCCUAAUGUUGUUGUUUUAAUUUUAAUAAAUAUCUUUAUUCAUUGUUAA